UAAUACAAAGUAAACGUCAAACAAGACCCAAGAGAGAGAAAAUACUAAAAGGAAUAAUUUUUUUUUUAUCAGAGGAGUUAAAUAUAACAACGGAAUUGUUCGAAAAAAGUGAAAAAAUCUAUAAAAUUCAUAGGCAAAGAAGAACCAAGUAAAUGUGCAAAGUACUGGGGAUCCAAAAAAGAUAGAAAAUACUUGGUUUUGUUGAUUGCUAAAAAAUGGCGGAUCCCUUGAGUUUAUUGCGGCAGUACAACAUAAACAAACGAGAAAUCAUUGAACGUGAUGGACAGAUUAUAUUUGGUGAAUUCUCAUGGCCAAAAAAUGUUAAGACGAAUUAUUUGAAAUAUGGUUCGGGCAAAAAGGCCGGACCGCGAGAAUACUAUACGCUCGAGUGUCUGUUGUAUUUGCUGAAAAAUGUUUUGCUGCAGCAUUCGGUGUAUGUGCGUCAGUGUGCCGCCGAGGAUAUACCAGCUGUCAAUCGUCCGGAUCGUAAAGAACUGUUGGCCUAUCUCAAUGGCGAAACCAACACCUGCCCAAGCAUUGAUAAAAGUGCUCCCCUUGAAAUACCCACUCAGGUGAAACGUCCGGCCGAUGGAGAUUCAGCUGGCGGGGAGGGUCUGGCCAAAAAGGCCCGCUUCGAAGAGACCCAAGUUCAAAAGGUACGUGAGCAAUUGGCUGCACGUUGGGAUGUUAACAAAAAGGAGGCCACCGUCAACAUGGACAAUAUCAAGUCAUUGUCGGAAACUAUGUCGGUGGAGAAAAUUGCCGCCAUCAAAGCCAAACGUUUGGCCAAUAAGAGAACAACCAUUAAACGUUCAGACAAUGAAGAUGCCAUGGCCACCGAUUUGAGGGCAAUCCUAGAUUUUGAUGUUGAUUCAACCAAGGAUAUUAUCAGCCGGGAACGACAAUGGCGUACGCGUACUACAAUUUUACAGAGUACUGGUAAAAUUUUCGCCAAAAAUAUAUUUGCCAUACUGCAGGGCAUCAAGGCAAGGGAAGAGGGUCGUAAUCGACCCAUACAACAGAAUCCCAUAAAAAUGCCCGAACCGGCCAGAAUUAAUAAGCCACAACCGCAAUUGACACAAUAUAAUCGUUACGAUCAGGAAAGAUUUAAUAGGCAAAAGGAGGAAACUGAGGGCUUUAAAAUCGAUACAAUGGGUACCUAUCACGGUAUGUCAUUGAAAUCUGUGACAGAAGGAUCUCAGGCUCAGCGCAAGGCCCAAAUGACGCCACAAAUUGGUCGUCCCAAGGAGCUUUUGCCCACAGCCCAGGCCCGCCAAGUGGCACCCACACCCCAAAAACGUGUCUCGCGUACACCCAUUAUAAUUAUACCCUCGGCUAAUACUAGUCUCAUAACCAUGUACAAUGUCCGUGAUAUACUGCAAGAUUUAAAAUAUGUUAGUACCGAUGAAAAGAAACGAGCUGGCUGUAGCAGAGAUAAUGAAGUACUCUUGCAGCGCAAGAAACAAAACAUGACCGUACCAUACCGUGUAAUUGAUAAUCCACAGAAAUUGACUGCCCAAGAUUGGCAACGUGUCGUUGCGGUAUUUGUUAUGGGACCCGCUUGGCAAUUUAAGGGUUGGCCAUGGGAUGGCAAUCCGGUGGAAAUUUUCUCCAAAAUUUGCGCCUUCCAUUUGCGUUUCAGUGAACUUAAGUUGGAUGCCAAUGUGGGAAAAUGGUCUGUCACUUUACUGAAUCUGUCACAGAACAAACGACAUUUAGAUCGUGCAGUAUUAAUGACAUUCUGGGAAACAUUGGACAAAUACAUGGCGAAAUAUAAACCUGACUUAAGAUUUUGAACCCAUGGCCUGUUUUGUUGUUCUUCUUUCAUGUUGUUGUUAUUAAUCGAAUAUGAUGCAUUUGAAGGAAAAAUAAAACACAAUGAAAGAUUCACACCCCCCCAACACACACACAAAUAAUCAACAACUCGACGUUUUUUUGGUAGUCAACAUUGGUUUUUCAACUUUAAUUUUUAGAUUAAGUUGUUUCUUAAAUUAUUAUUAUUCAGAAACAAACCAUAGUAUAGUUUAUAAAAAUUAAAAAAAAAAAAAAUUAAAACUCUCUCCCUCCUCCCAACCAAUAAAACAUUGAUUGCAUCCUAAUUUGAAUAUAGCUAUGUAUGCGUUUAACAUUUGUUAAGCAACUAUUAGUAACUCUUUGUAUAAAACAACCAACAAACAAAAACAACAGCAUAAAAUGAUAAC